AUGGAGUCGGCUUUGCCGGUUACCGUUCGAGUCAGUUCGAGUCCAGCUAGCUCGCAUACAGAGGCUCGCUUGGCUUCCUUCGGCUGGCACAGGCGAGUCGAGUUUGACCGAACCGGUCUCUCGGUUUGGGAAGUCAGCUCUGAGGUGUACUCUCAAGACGGCAGGCUUCGAGCUUGGACUGAACGUGAAAACCGUUUGGGGAGCUUGUGCUUUCAGGAGUUGGUUUCGCUGAUACCUCCGAUAUUGCUUGAUCCGCAGCCCAAAGAGGUUUGCCUUGAUCUUUGUGCUGCUCCCGGGAACAAGUCCCUGCAAUUGUUGGAGUCUUUGGCAUCCAAAGCUGAUGUCGAAGGCGCUGUGCUGUCCGCGGACAAUGACCCACAAAGGUGUUGCCUCACACUUCAUCGUGUGUUGGGAAAAGCUGCUUCGCCCGCUUCUUGCGCAGCGUUGGCGAAUGCCGGGCAUUUUCCAGUGCUUCUGGAUCAAGUGGACACCGACUUGGUUGACCCUGCUUCCGGUCGGCUCGAUUUUGACCGUAUUCUUGCAGAUGUGCCAUGCAGUGGCGAUGGCACAGCCCGCAAGAACACACAGGUCUUUCGCGGAUGGUCACGGCGUGAAGCGUUGGAGUUGUCAUCGCUGCAGCGACGCAUUUUGCUUCGGGGCUUGUACUUGUUGCCACCGAAAGGCACACUUGUGUACUCUACGUGCUCCCUGAAUCCUCUGGAGAAUGAGGCUGUGGUUUUGAGCUGUUUGCGACGCUGGAACGCCAACCUACAUUCCAAAGGGAAUGCCAAGCUGCCUGUGUGGCUGCUCGAUGCCAAGGUGAUGGUCAAGGAAAAAUGUGGUUUGCGACCUUCUACUGGAAUGGCCAACUGGAUCGUGCCUGCCCCGCAGCGUGGCGGCCCGUGGUUUACUUCCUGGGAGGAGGUGCCCGAAGAGCUUCGCAAUGCCGAACGUUUCGCUUUGCGGUCAGACAUGUUCCCUUCGCCCGGUCAGCCCGGUGUGGAGGAACUAUCGAAGUGUGCUCGAUUCUACCCUCACCACUCCAACACUGGUGGCUUCUUCGUCGCGGUUUUCAGAAAAGGCGCUGCGACUUCCGAUGUUGUCCAAGGUCCGCGUGCUCCGCCGGCGUCUCAAUGUGAAGGUCGCGGAGGGCAUCCGCUACUCAGUGCAACAUUUCACCGUGUCUCGGAAGCCGACAGGGAUUGGCAAGAGCUCAAAGAAUUUUACGGUGUCGAUGCCGCAUGGAGCCAGGACAAGCUGAAACGUGGCUUGCUCCUUUGGCAGACAAUGAAAGGCAAGACACAGCCAGAAAGGAUUACUUUAGUUUCCGAGGCAGUUGCCCGGCUAUUCAAUGCGGUCCCUGGUGAUGGCCGGCGCGUUGCCUGGGCUCGGAUGGGCGUUUUCCUCUUCGAGCAUCUUCCGAAGGGACUUCUUGCUGGUGGGGUGGCACCAUGUCGAUGGCGACCACAUGCGGAGGCUGCGCACAUCCUUGCACCGAUUCUGCAUCGGCGACGGGUUUACUUGGAGCCAGAUCUGCUGCGACAAGUCUUGUGCAACGAGCAUCGACAGUCGACAUUGACGGAAGGAACUCCGCUAGCUUGCGCCGUGGCCGCGGGUGCCCCAAGUGCCACGCACCACCAUGUUUGCGGUGGGCUGCUGCUUCAUUUGCAUGGCUCAACGCGCUGUUGGGCAGCGGGUGUAGCAACGCCGAAGCAGCUGCGUUUACUUGUCGAUGACGACAUGGCGCAGGCACUGCUUGAAGACUGCAAGACUGUGGACACAAUGUCUUGUUUGGCUGGCAUCGUGAGCCGGAUUUGUCCGUCCUUCUCGUGA